UUAUAUUGUUAUUAUUUUUGUCAUUCUAGCUCUUAAUGAAGAAACAUUUAUCUAUUUGCCUUUUAAAUAAAAGUAGUUAAUUUUUUCUAUAAAGUUAGAAGGUAUCGAUUCUCUUCCUUCUAUUCAGCCACCAACUCUCCAAAUUGUGUCAAAUUUUUUCUCUUUAGUUUUGUUGAGUUUAUGAUCAUAAAAAUUUUGAUCUUUAAUUUUUUUUUAAGUUGUGAUAUUUGAAAGGCAUCAUGAUUACUACUUUGAAGCACCCCACAAUUUCCUUCACAAAUUCUGAUGUUUUGUGUCAGAAAUCUCAAUUACCCACAUCAAAAUUUGCUUGUUUUUCCCCUAUAAUUUGUCGAAAAUCCAAUAUUUUGAUCCCCAAACCUCUUCAUAUCUCAAAUUUCGAUGUUAAAGGUUUGUGCCUUUCAACAAAUAAUAAUGGGUUUUUAAGAGAAAGACAAAAUCUGAUCAAAUGUGAAGCUUAUGAGGCUGAUGGGUUACAACCCAUUGACAAUGAAACCCUAGAAAUUCCUGGGGAAACUGCUAGAAAGAUUAAGAUUGGAAUUUAUUUUGCAACAUGGUGGGGUUUGAAUGUGGUGUUUAAUAUUUACAAUAAAAAGGUUUUAAAUGCAUUUCCUUUUCCAUGGUUAACUUCUACUUUGUCCCUUGCUAUGGGUUCUCUGAUCAUGUUGGUGUCUUGGGCUACUAAGGUUGCUGAGGCACCUGCAACUGAUCUUGAUUUCUGGAAGGCCCUUCUUCCUGUUGCUGUGGCACAUACAAUUGGGCAUGUCGCCGCCACCGUUAGCAUGUCAAAGGUUGCGGUUUCAUUUACACACAUUAUUAAGAGUGGUGAACCUGCUUUUAGUGUGUUGGUCUCUAGUCUUCUUUUGGGCGAGUCAUUUCCAACUGGGGUGUACUUGUCAUUGAUCCCCAUCAUUGGAGGUUGUGCACUUGCAGCUGUCACUGAACUUAACUUCAACAUGAUCGGUUUUAUGGGAGCGAUGAUAUCAAAUUUGGCUUUUGUUUUCCGUAAUAUAUUUUCAAAGAAAGGCAUGAAAGGGAAAUCCGUCAGUGGAAUGAACUACUAUGCUUGUUUGUCGAUACUUUCACUUAUACUUCUCACCCCAUUUGCCAUCGCUGUGGAGGGUCCUCAGUUGUGGGCAGCUGGAUGGGAGAACGCUGUUUCUCAAAUUGGACCCAACUUCAUUUGGUGGGUGGCUGCACAAAGUGUGUUUUACCACCUUUAUAACCAAGUUUCUUACAUGUCGUUGGAUGAAAUCUCUCCUUUGACAUUUAGUGUCGGGAAUACGAUGAAACGUAUCUCUGUCAUUGUCGCCUCUAUCAUUAUAUUCCGAACCCCUGUCCAGCCUGUAAAUGCACUUGGAGCUGCCAUCGCCAUUUUUGGGACCUUCUUAUAUUCUCAAGCUAAACAAUGAAGACAUGCUAAUUGCUAUACCAGAAUCGAGUGGGAUAUAGAGCUUGUUCGAUGAGUUUCUAAGGGCGAUUUCUGUGGAGGGAAUGAAAAUCGAAGAAUUUCUCCGAGUAUUUUUACGACCACUGGAUUUUGAUAAGGUUGGAGUGUAGCAUGGCUGGUUUUAGUGUAGAUAGAUAAAUAAUCACACAAGUAAAGAAGACAUUUCCAUGAAUCCCUUGAGCAUGGGGACCAAGUAGAUGAAAUUUUAUCUGCUUUUAUGCAGCCCAUUUAAAGGAUAUCCAUCAACUUCUAAAUAAAAACAUCUUCUUUGUCUUUUGGUGCAAAAUGUGUGUAUUCUACUUUUGUACUCAUUUAUAUGCAUAUUCCUACUUUCCAAGUAAAUUUUGCUCUGUUCAUGUGUCUUUUCUAAGGAUAUACUAAUACUCAGCAUGUCUAUUUGAAUCUACUAUAUACUCUAUCAAAAGAUUUCAUUUUAGUA